CGUCAGCUGUGCAGGAAAAUAUCAAAUAAAAAAGUUCUGUUCCCAUUACAUAACACAACAAAAAGCGGCGAAGCAUUGCCUUGCCUUGCGGUGUCCGCUUACGUCAUGCCGAGAAAUUAACGCCGAAUGAUAAUACGUUCGGUGGCUUUUUAUCUCGGCGGGCAGUGAGAAGAGGAGAAAUCUUGCGCUCGACGUUGGGCUCGACUGCUGCUCACCCAACCCAAAAACAGGUUUCUCGCCUCGUCCGUGCAUCUCAUUCUUUUCGUCGAGCCUUCGGCCCACACUAGUUAACUCGGCAGUCCAGAAAAUCACCAUGGGGCUUCUGACCGAAGGAAGUCCCCUUUCAUGGCCCGAGACCAAGGCCCUGGCCGACCACGUUCGACAACACGGAAUCAGCCAGUUCAUCAACCUCUACAAGAGGGUCCAGGACAGACAGGGUGAUGUCCUCAAGUGGGGCGAUGAGGUUGAGUACAUUUUGGUCAAAUUCGACCACGAAAAGAAAACGACCCACGUGAGUUUGCGGGCUGAGGAAAUUUUGAACACGCUUCGUGAAAAAGAAUUAGCUAAUCCUGACACUGUGAGGUCGCUGUGGAGACCCGAGUAUGGUGCCUACAUGGUUGAAGGAACACCCGGCAAGCCGUACGGAGGCCUUCUGGCCCAUUUUAACGUUGUGGAGGCCAAUAUGAGGUAUAGACGAGAAGAGGCUGCUGCCCUGCUGCAGCCCGGAGAGGCUCUCAUGUCCCUGACCAGUUUCCCAAGACUUGGUUGUCCUGGUUUUACUUAUCCCUUCUACAAGCCAACAACUACUGAAGGCGCCAGUAGGUCCCUGUUCAUCCCAGACGAAGCAAUAUUUCCAGGGCAUCCCCGCUUUAAGACCUUGACCAGAAACAUUCGCGAGAGACGAGGAGAAAAAGUUGCCAUAAAUCUACCCAUUUUCAAGGACAAAAACACUCCUAGUCCGUAUGUCGAGGACUUGUCAAAGCUAGGAGAUGAUGGCUCCUCACAAAAGGCUGCUCUACCAGAUCAUAUUUACAUGGACGCAAUGGCAUUUGGGAUGGGCUGCUGCUGUCUUCAGGUUACUUUCCAGGCCUGCAACAUUAAAGAGGCUAGGACGCUGUACGACCAGCUAACCCCUUUGUGUCCAAUCAUGUUGGCCCUGACGGCAGCUUCUCCUGUUCAUCGAGGAAUGUUGACGGAUGUUGACUGUCGGUGGAACGUCAUUUCAGGAUCGGUCGACUGCAGAACAAGACAAGAAAGAGGCUUGGAACCCAUUCCAGAAGAAUCGGGCGUCAGGAGAAUUGCAAAGUCGCGCUACGACUCAAUUGACUCUUAUCUCUCACCCGACGGAGAAAAGUACAAUGACAUGCCAUUGGUGAUGGACGAAGUAGCUUAUAAGCAGUUGAUUGAUGCUGGCAUUGACCACCUCUUGGCCCAACACAUUGCCCAUUUAUUCAUUAGAGAUUCAGUCUCUCUAUUCAGCGAGAAAGUGCACCAGGAUGAUGAACGAGACACUGAUCACUUUGAGAACAUUCAGAGUACCAACUGGCAGACUAUGCGAUUUAAGCCGCCCCCACCCUACUCCCCUAUUGGCUGGAGGGUGGAAUUCCGACCUUGUGAGGCGCAGCUGACCGACUUCGAAAAUGCCGCAAUUGUUUGCUUUGUUGUCUUGCUGACAAGGACGAUUUUAUCUUACCAACUCAAUCUGCUCAUUCCUAUCAGCAAGGUUGACGAGAACAUGCAAAAUGCUCAGAAAAGAGAUGCUGCAAGAAACCAAAAGUUUUGGUUCCGCAAAGAUGUCACUACAGGAGAGUCUCCAAGCUGCUGCCAAUCACCUACCAGCUGCUCUCCUGCAGAGGAGUACACAUUGAUGACUUUGGAUGAAAUUAUUAAUGGAAAAGAGGGAGUUUUUCCGGGCCUGAUUCCUCUUGUCCAUAGCUACUUGUCUAGUAUGGACGUUGAUGCUGAUUCUCACUGCACUAUACAGCAGUAUUUGAAACUCAUUCAAAGACGAGCUGCAGGAGAACUGAUGACAACUGCAAGUUGGAUUCGCAAUCAAGUUGUCAGCCAUCCAGAAUACAAACAAGAUUCGGUGGUCUCUGACAUAAUCAACUAUGAUUUACUGAAAAACAUGCAAGAGAUUCAAGCUGGAGAAAGACCGUGUCCAGAGUUGUUGGGGCCGAACAUCAUCACCAAAACCAGCGAUCAAGUACCUAAUACUCUGGUAGAGGCUGAGAGAUGCUGAUAGAUAGACUCCUGCGGUAUUAAAUUGAAGUGGUGCUUUGAUUCAUUGAUUAUAUUUAGCACAAGCUAAGCGUUAGUAGCUUAAUUUAUAUGGAGGUUGUGCAACACAUUUUAGAAUUGGUGCUAUGAGAUAUUGUGAUUUUUGAUAUGUAUAUCACUUGAUUUGUGUGCAACACAAAAGUGUUCUAUAUUCUCUAUUUGCCAUAUUUUGGUAAUUUUAAGAAAAUUAUUUUUCUUGUUUUUGCAAGUUGUUGGGGAAGUGCUUACUUUACUGUUCAGUUUUUGGUAAAAACUAUUUUAUGCAUUAGUUACUAGGACAUUCCAAUUUUGGAAUGAGCAAUUAUCUUGGUCUAUAGAAACCAUUUUACAAGCAUAUUAUGUUGCAUUUCUGCACUAGACUUUAAAAUAAUUUUUUUUGCACUCAAUUAUGCUGCGAUGAAAUAAAUUUAUUUAUGUUUGAUGUGCAGGUCUGCCCUGUUAGUGAACACUUAUUGGACCAUUUGAAAUAUAUGUAGAAAACAAGUACUUGAAAGGGCGUUCAUGACGAGCUCAUUAGUUUUUUCAUCUAACAAAAAUGAUAAUGAGCCCCUCAUUUACUUACUAGAAAUAUAAUCCAAUAAAUUUCAGUGGAUUGCAAUUUGUAUAUGUUUCAAGUAAUAAAAAUAUGCACAUCAUAAUUUUCUA